UACUUGGUGGUGUUGUCAAGCGGAGGGUUACUGUUGCUGCAAUUAAAAUUCCUGCCUUGGAUGUGGACUAUGGGUCCAGUUCAUCACUUUACAAACACUGAGUGAGGAUGAUCCGGUGAGGGAAAACCAUUGAAAGGAGAAUGUGUCGCGUCCUGAGGCCCACUGGUAGUCAACCCCUCCCAGGAGCCAGGAGACCAGCCCAGACCCCCCUCCUCUAGCUGGGACACCUCUCUGACCCCACCUUGGAGCUCACCCCAGCUGCCUUUUAACUUCAUGAAGAACUCUGACGUUGGUGAUGUUAUGAAUAAAUUUGAAGUCCUUGGGAUCGUAGGUGAAGGUGCCUAUGGAGUGGUCCUGAAGUGCAGACACAAGGAGACCAAUGAGAUUGUGGCCAUUAAGAAGUUCAAGGACAGUGAAGAGAAUGAGGAGGUUAAGGAGACAACACUCCGGGAGCUGAAGAUGCUCCGAACCUUGAAGCAGGAGAAUAUCGUGGAGCUGAAGGAAGCCUUCCGCAGGAGGGGGAAACUCUACCUGGUGUUUGAGUAUGUAGAGAAGAACAUGCUGGAGCUGCUGGAGGAGCUUCCUAACGGAGUGCCGUCUGAUAAAGUCAGGAACUACAUCUACCAGCUGAUCAAAGCUAUCCAUUGGUGUCAUAAGAACGACAUUGUCCACCGGGAUAUAAAGCCAGAGAACCUUCUAAUCAGUUCUGAUGACAUCCUCAAGCUAUGUGACUUCGGCUUCGCCCGUAAUCUCUCAGAGGGAAAUGAUGCCAACUACACAGAGUACGUGGCCACUAGAUGGUACCGCUCUCCAGAACUACUGCUGGGGGCUCCGUAUGGUAAGGCAGUUGACAUGUGGUCAGUAGGCUGUAUCCUGGGUGAGCUGAGUGAUGGCCAGCCGUUGUUCCCAGGAGAGAGUGAGAUAGAUCAGCUCUUCAUCAUCCAGAAGGUCCUGGGACCACUGCCUACUGAACAGAUGAAACUCUUCUACAAUAACCCUCGAUUCCACGGGCUAAGGUUCCCAGCAGUGAACCACCCCACCACUCUGGAGAGGAAGUACCUGGGGUUGAUCAGUGGAGCCCUGCUGGACCUCAUGAAGAACCUGCUGCUGUUGAGUCCUACAGAGCGGUUUCUAACGGAGCAGAGUUUGGACCACCAUGCCUUCCAGACACCGCGACCGGUGGAGCGACCUGGACCUCCUACACCAACACCAGUCCGCUCCUCUAAGAGGAAGCCUCAUCACACGGACAACAGCGCCCCCACCAGGAGUCAUGGUGUUAAGGGUUCAGACCACCACCGCUCAGCUAGUAGAGACUGUUCCAGCCUGCCCCGUCACGAAGACCUCCAACCUAGCAAUCACCCUAGCAACGACAGCUUCCUGAAUGGCAACAGCUUGAGCCCCACCCUCCGCCUCAAGACCUAUGCCCCGCCCCCCCAGCUCCUGAAUCGCUCAGCCUCCUGCUCCAAGGACCUAGCCAACAACAACCUGCCCCACCUCCUCAGCCCCAAGGAGACCAAGAGCAACCUACCCCACCUCGUCAGCCCCAAAGAGACCAAGAACAAAGACUUUGACUUCACCUCCGGAGCCAAGGCCUCAGAUGGGCCGGGAGCCAAGUACCUCAAGUCCAACAGCCGCUCUCAGCAGAACCGCCAUAGCUUCGUAGAGGGAAAGACCAGCACCCUGAUGUCUGGAGACAAACACAGAGCCAGAGACCGAGACCGCCACAGCUACAUGGGGGAGCAUGGGUCCUCUAAGUCUGCAGGAGGGUUAGGGUUAGCAGGAGGCUCCUAUAUAAACCUUUCUAAGAGCCACGGGGCCCUCAACAACGCCAAGUCAGUAGGGAACCUUAGCGACCCACGUAUCCAUGGUGACGAUCCUCCAUCACGCUACUUCCCUACUUCCUGUCUUGACCUCAACGCUCCUGGCAGCCCGGCGACCGGUCAUCAUCGUCACAGCCCUGCAGGCCGGCGCUCGGAGAGAGAGAGCAAUACGCUAGACUCCUCAUCCCGACGCACCUCCUCACGACACAAGAGCUCUGAGGAGGCCAAGUCCCCUGAGGGAGGAGACCCGGGAGGGGGAGGUGGAAGCCAUGGUCACUCCCUGUCCACCCCUCAUGAGGCCUUCCCCUACGGCCUGGGCUACACAUCCCCCUUCUCCUCCCAGCAUAGACCUCACCGCCACUCCAUGUACGUGCGGCGGGAGCGUCAGAGGACCCACGGGGGGGGUAGUGAGGGGGGGCUGGCGGUGGGACAGGGGAUGUCCACCAGAGCCUCCAGCCUCCAGCUCCUCUCCCCCCAGCUGCAGCACCGCACCCUGCCCAGGCACUCUGGAGGAUCUUCUACAGAGGACAUCACCAGGGUGGGGAUGUUCCAUGAACAGCACCCAGAGGACGUAGUCUCUUCUAAAGAAAACCGCAUCAUCUACAGUGAGUCCAUGCCCAGGAGGGUUGGCAGCUUCUAUAGAGUGCCGUCCCCGCGGCCAGAUAACGGAGGUCAGGGCAGCAGGGGGACAGGAGGGGGGGCAGUGGACGGAAGCACCUUGACCAACCAUCCCAAACGCCAGCCGGCCUUUGACCCCUGGAUGCGCCCAGAGAUCGUGGUGAUGAACCAAUCAGAGCCGACCAAAGAAAAGGAGAAGCAGGGCUUCUUCAGAGCAAUAAAGAAGAAGAAGAAGAACAAGUCCCAAACGAACCAACCAGAUCCAUCAAACGCUCAACCAGGACGUCAUCAGGAGGUCCCAGGUGACGGGGCAGAUCACGUGGUCGUCCAGAAGUCCGCCCGUUCAUCGGGUCAUCAGAGCAGCCGCCACCGGAACCAGGAGCGGGACCAAUCACGGGAGAGAGACAGAGAACAAUCACGGGAGAGAAACUGGCCAUCAGAAAAAAUGUCUGAUGCACACUCUCAGAGCCAGCCACUCAAGUCUCUACGGAAGCUCCUUCACCUCUCCUCCUCCACCUCCAAUCAAACGGCCCCAUCUGAUAUGCGCUUCCACCCCCUGCCCAACUCCACCUCGGCUAAAGCGGGUUUCAGUGAGGGUCCCAGUCGGAGCCACGCAGGCUCCAGCACCCCCCAGCUAAAGAGCAGGCAGGCCGCCUACCCCCUCCCUGGUCAGAUGGAGUCCAGCUGGCACAACUCGGCCCUUGGCAGAGCUGAGGGAAACCCUUACUCCGAGCAACAUGGAGGGAGGGAAGGCAAGGGGGGCCAGAACGGACAUGGGUUCGGACGGCCCUCACGCUCACGCAUUCCAAAUCUCAAUGACCUGAAAGAGACUGCUCUUUAGAGAGCUGCUUUAACCUUGACACCUGCUGCCCAGACUUCUCUCUGUUGCCCAGACUUCUCUCUGUUGCCCAGACUUCUCUCUGCUACCCAGACUUCUCUCUGCUGCCCAGACUUCUCUCUGCUGCCCAGACCUCUCUCUGCUGCCCAGACUUCUCUCUUCUGCCCAGACUUCUCUCUGCUGCCCAGACUUCUCUCUGCUGCCCAGACCUCUCUCUGCUGCCCAGACUUCUCUCUGCUGCCCAGACCAGUCGGCUUCAUUGUUUAUUUUUUAAAGCUUCCAUAUUUGAUAGAAUUUGUAAUAUUACCUAUGUCAUUCUGAUUAUUAUAAUAUUUGUCAGUUAAUAAUUGCAAAUUAAUCAUAUAUGUAAAUGCUAUUUAAUAUAUAAAGUGUAUUUGUUAGAGUCUGCUUGCACACAAUAUAAAUGACAUUUUAUUUCACAGUAUUUGCAUUAUAUUUCCUUAAGAAUAUAUGAAGUUUAAAUGAAGUUUUUUGAUUGUUACAAUGUAGACCAUUCCUUCCCAUCAGUUAGUCUGUGCUGUGGAUUCAGUCUGUCUCUUGACGUCCAGACUGAUGGAAGACGCUCUAUAGAGGGUUAAAGCUUUAGUAUUUAGGACAAUGUUACGGCAAUGCGUUGUCCAUCUCCAAACAGAUCAGAUUUUAUAUACAUUGCUGUAGUUAGUAAACCAAUGUUCUGUGUUGACAAUCAAGAGAAUCUUGUGUUUGAUGUCAUUUGAUAGGAGAGGGCUAGUCUCAGGAGAAAUCCCAAGUUUUUGAUACAAUACUAACCCUAACCCAUGGUGGCCUGUGGUACCAUUUCACCUGUAAUACUUCACCUUAAUAGCUAUGUUUUCAUAAACUAUUUUUGUUGUUGAGAUUUAGAACAUUUGCAUAGAAAAUAGAUGCGACAAUUGCCUGCUAUGGUGAGUUUCCAUUUAACUAUCCUGUGUCGACACAGAAAAUAGAUGUGACAGUUGCCUGCUAGGGUGGUUUUGCAUCUUGUGUCGAUAAAAACAGCUGGACGUAAGGACUUCACAUAAAACAGAAGUGGUUGAAUUGUUUCCAUUACCGUUUAGGCAAAUUGCGCAUUAAUAAAUUGGUGACAGCC